GUCUUCGAAGAACUACAGAGGUUGGGGAGCAAGCCCCAGGAUAAUGGUGCUGUAGUGAACAGCAGCACGGUGGGUGACCUGUCGGAGGCGCUGAAGAAGGCGACGCGAGUGUCACACGAGCGGGCGGAGAACACGGACUUCAUGAGCAACUUCCAGAAAGGCCAAGUGACACUGGAGCAGUUUAAGCUGCUGCUGGAGUCCCUGUACUGUAUCUACGUGGCGCUGGAGGAGGAGAUGGAGAGGAACAGAGAGCACUCGGCCCUCUCGGCCCUGUACUUCCCGGGGGAGUUACACCGAGUGUCGGCGCUGGAGGCCGACCUGCAAUACCUGCACGGUGAGGGCUGGCGCGAGGCCCUGCGCUGCCCACCGGCCACCAGCGAGUACGUCAGGCGCCUGCGCCAUGUGGGGAGUGAGCAGCCAGAGCUCCUGGGGGCCCACGCCUACACACGCUACAUGGGGGACCUGUCGGGGGGACAGGUGCUCAGGAAAUUGGCCCAGAAAGCCUUGGGCCUCCCCGCCUCAGGCCGGGGCACGGCCUUCUUUACCUUCCCCAACAUCAGCAGCUCCAACGGCUUCAAACAGCUUUACCGCUCGCGCCUCGACUCCCUGGAGCUCAGCCAACAAACACGGCUCCAAAUCCUGGACGAGGCCAAUCGGGCCUUUCAACUCAACGUGGAGGUGUUUGAGGAUCUGCAGCGACUGGGGCCGAGCGCACUGCGGAACGGGAGCUCAGUCCCUGAGGGGGGAGCGGAGAUUCGGCAACGGACGGUCAAAAGGCCCCUCGGAGACGAGAAAGUGAGAGAAAGUGAUCGGGCCGUGACCGGAACCCCGGCCUGGCCUGUGGGUGUCGUUGUGCUCUCCGUGGCUGUGCUAGUAGCUGCCUUCCUGUGGUUCUCUUUGUGAGGUGGUGGGGGAGCAGGAAAGGGAGAGUUAAUCCCCCCACUCGCCAGCCUCUCAGCGAUUAUAACAAGGAACAUUUUAUUCCUGAUUUUAUAUUGAUUGUGAGUAGAUUAACGGCCUUUUAACAUCAUCUGAGAACAGACAUUUAUGCAUUCCUCACCCCCUCCCCACUCUCUGCGAGCCCUGAAAUCUCGCCACAAGAUCCAUUUUCUUUUUGGGGUCUUAAAAUUCAUGAUUCUGGAGAAACUGUUUCCGUCCGGUUCCGAAUUCAGGAAACCUUCGAUUCGAGAUGGAUUCAGAAAAAUCUUGUCCUGAUUUGGAAGCUGAUUUCAAGACAGAGACUGACCUUGAGAAUGUUCCCCAAUUCUGUGCAAUCUGAAGCUCGAAGGCAAAUGGGCUCCAGCCUGAGACUAGAUGGACUUUCAGGCCCCGGGUGAGGCGGAACCUAACCUUGGGCCACGUUCCCUGUGGGGUCGUUGUCUGUGAGUCACUGCCACCCUCCUCUCCUCUCGGCCAAGUUUCACCCCUCCAUCCCUUCUCCAUCUCAAUGUGGAGUCCUGUAGCUCAGUGGUUAGAGCCCUUGCCUCGCAA